UGCAGAUAUUUCACAGGCUCCUCCCUGCACUUUUUUAUCGCCUUAUAACAGGAUAUCUCACUGGCGCGAAAAACGCACUGUGUGGCUUUCUAUUACACAUUGUGGGGCGGACCUUUGAGCCUCCUGUUUGUUUGCUGCCCGGCUUUUUCCUCUCUCGUCUCUUUAACUUAAACUAAAAACAAAACUGCGUCCAAACACAACACAAGCGCGUCUUUGUAUCCAACUCGGUCAGCUUUUUAUCCGGUUGAUCCCGGUGAACCGUGGACUCUUUGCUCUGCCAGGGGGGAUUUUCACUGCCCUGAAUUUUGCUGUGGGGAUUUACUGGAGAGCUGGUUGUACAGGACGUUUCUUCACAAGGCUGAUCCUUCCUGGGAAUAAAACUCUAAAUAAGAGGAUUUUUUUUUUUUUAUUAUUUAUUUAUUUCUAACCGGGGGAACAUGGAGUUCGACUGUUACCAGCACUAUUUCCUCGACGAUUUUGACCGAGAAGAGGAGGAUUUUUACAAGUCUACCGCACCGAGCGAGGACAUAUGGAAAAAGUUCGAGCUGCUGCCGACCCCUCCCAUGUCUCCCACCCGCACACCGCACCACCUCACGCCGGGAGACAAGCUCAGCUGGCUGUCCAAAGUCCUGGGUCAGGAUGAGGAGUGCGAGGCUCAGUUCAUCCCAGACACGGCGUCUGGGAAACUCUUCGGCAACCUCAGCUCCAUCAUCAUCCAGGACUGCAUGUGGAGUAGUUUCUCUGCCAGUAAGCAGCUGGAGAAGGUCAACGGGAGAGUGUCUGCUGCGACGCCGACCUGCAGCUCUCUAUCUCCGGCUGCAGUGGCUCAGCUCUCCGUGAGACAACCGAGCAAAGCGCAGUGCGUCUCUCCAGCCGGACCGACGGAAUGCGUCGACCCAGCGGCGGUUCUCACCUUCCCUGCGCCGGCAAGCAGCUGCAGGAAGCCGGCGUCGUCUGGGUCCGAGUCUCGCUCUGAUUCCUCUGAUGAUGAUGAAGAGGAAAUCGACGUGGUCACCGUGGAGAGCAAGCAGCAGAACCGGGUGCGGCUGGUGAAUGUCAGGAAACCGGUGACCAUCACAGUCCGGGCCGACCCAUGCCCCAAACGCUUCCACAUGUCUGUCCACCGGCAGCAGCACAACUACGCCGCACGCUCACCAGACAGCGAGCCGGAGGAUGAGGAGGAUGAAGACGAAGAUGAGGAGGAGGAGGAGGAAGAAGAGUAUGAGGAAGAGCCUCAAAGCAAGCGCACCUGCACAGCAUCCACUCAGCGGCCGCGCUCUUCGUCUGGGGGUUCCUCCCAGCCCAGCUCUCCCUCGGAUAGUCCCCAGAACUCUGACGCAGAGGACACUGACCGCAGGCGGAACCACAACUUCCUCGAGAGGAAGAGGAGGAACGACCUGCGGUCCCGUUUCCUCGCCCUGCGGGAUGAGAUCCCCGGCCUGGAGUCGACCAAGACUCCUAAAGUGGCCAUCCUGACCCACGCCACAGAUUACCUGGCUGACCUGCACACCAAGGAGAAGCGGCAGCUCCAGGAGAAGAAACGCCUCAAAACCCGACAGCAACAGCUUCUCCGCAAGUUGGCUGAACUGAAGCGCUCUUGAGACGCAAACUCUCUUGAAAGAAACUGCCUCAUUUUUCACAGUUACCGGUCACUUUUGGAAAGCUCCAGUUUUUAUAUAACAAACAUGCCUCAUGUAAAUAGCCGUGAAUUUUUUUUUUUUUGGAAUACAUUCGUAUUGCUGUGGGCUUCCUAUGAAUUGACUGUGCUGGCCAAUGAACCUGAUAUGGGGAGGAGGAGCAGUUAGUGUGUUGUGUUUUUAUUUUUAUUAUGAACAGGGGUGAUGGAAUUGAUGUUAUAGCUAUGACUAAGAUAUUUCCUGAUAAUGCUGUGAUGGGAAAUAAGAGCUUUUUGUUAAUAGUUUAUCAGUGUGUUAGUGAGUAUAUGCAGCCUUCAGGGUGUGUGUUUCAGCGUGCUCACUGUACACUUGGACAAUGGAGUGAAGCGCAAAUGCUUCUCCGUGUACAAAUGAGUGAAUGAGUCAGUAUGUUUGUACAAAUUGUUCUGUAAAUAAUAGCUUAUCGCUCCUGGUUAAGGAGCCAAAAUCAAGAGCUGUCAACAAGCUUUGCUCCUCUUUAUGACGUGCCGCCACCAGGCAUCGAGGAACCUCUAUUUUGUUAAGAAAACAGGAAAAAUGGGCAAAAAAAAUAAGUAGCACUGCUGUACUUUAUAUCCACACGUCACUUUGUGAUUUCAAUGCUUCUCCUGAUUUUUGGUUGAUUUUUAAAAGCAUGCUAACAUCAACAUUAAAUUUUUAUACCAUGUUUGCAUACAAA